AUGACAUUUGUUCUGGUCCUCUUGUGGAAAUCAAUGUGGGAGACAUUCCUUCUAGUCCUCCUCGUGUUGAAAUCAAUUUGGAAGACGUUUCUUCUAGUCCUCCUCGUGUGGAAAUUAAUGUGGAAGACAUUUCUUCUGGUCCUAGUCGUGUGGAAAUCAAUUUGGCAGACCUUCCUUCAGAUCCUGGACUACAACCUUGCAUUAUGGGUUACAGUCAUAAUCUCCGAGACCAAGUUCGUAGACUAUAUUUGCAAAAGGGUCCUUGUUAGCCUCGUGGCCACACUUUUCCACAAAAACAAUUUGGAAGAAAGCGACGACGCUUUCUUGGGGAUUGAUUUGAUGAUUUUCCUAUAUGUUUUUGAAAACCAAUCAAGCCAAGCUCGAAUCGAAUAUCGAAUCCGCUUGAAUGCAACGAUUGAUUGUAUACGAUUUCUACUAAAACAAGGACUUGCAUUCCGUGGUCAUGAUGAAUCUGAAGAUUCAGAAAAUCAAGGAAAUUUCCUCGCACUCUUAAGGUUUCUUGCCGAUCAUAAUGAAGAAGUCAAAGGAGUCACAUUUGACAAUGCUCCACAAAAUCUUAAGUUAACAUCUCCCAAAAUACAAAAGGACAUUGUCAGUGCAGCGGUGACUGAAACUAUCAAAGUGAUUGUGGGAGAUUUUGAUGGUGCACUUUUCUCCAUUUUAGUUGAUGAAGCUCGUGACAUAUCAAUCAAGGAGCAAAUGGCCAUUGCAAUACGCUAUGUGGACAAAAGGGGAAAUGUCAUUGAGCGGUUUUUGGGUAUUGAACAUGUUGCCAAUACCAAUGCUCUCACACUCAAGGAAGCUAUGGAGAGUUUGUUUUCUAGACUUGGGUUGAGUUCAUCCAGAUUGAGGGGACAAGGUUACGAUGGAGCUAGCAAUAUGCAAGGUGAGUUCAAUGGUCUUAAAUCACUAAUACUAAGAGAUAGUCCUAGUGCAUUUUAUGUUCAUUGCUUUGCCCAUCAAUUACAAUUAGCUCUUGUGGCCGUGGCAAAAAAUCAUGAGCAAAUCAACUUGCUUUUCUAUUUUGUUAAUAGAGUGGUGGUGAUUGUUAGUGCAUCAUGUAAACGUCGUGAUAUUCUUAGGGAUAACCGAAUACUAGAAGUUAUGAAGUCACUCGACGUUGGAGAGCUAUCAAGUGGGAAAGGCUUAAAUCAAGAAACCAAUCUAAUAUGUGCGGGCGAUACACGUUGGGGUUCUCACUAUGGCACUUUAGUGAGAUUGGUCAAUAUGUUUUCAUCAGUGAUUGAAGUGCUUGAAUUUGUCUCCGAGGAUCGUUCAAACACAGAUCAAAAAGCAGAGUCAAAUGUGUUGUUGGAGAAUUUGCAAUCUUUUGAAUUUGUUUUCAAUCUUUAUUUGAUGAGAGUGAUAUUGGCCAUAACAUCAGAGUUAUCACUAGCACUUCAAAGAAAAGAUCAAGAUAUUGUGAAUGCGAUGGCUUUGGUAAACAUGUCAAAGAAUAGGCUCCGAAUGAUGAGGAACACUGGGUGGGAAUCCUUACUUGAUGAUGUUAAUUCUUUUUGCGAAAAAAAGGAAAUUCAUAUACCCAAUAUGGAUGACAAGUUUGUAGCUCGAGGGCGAGGAAGGCGCAAUGCUUCACAGAUCACAGAUUUACAUCAUUAUCACGUCGAGUUAUUCAACACUGUUCUUGACAUGCAACUUUCAGAACUAAAUUCACGUUUUAGUGAGGCAGCCACUGAGUUGUUGCUUUGUGUGGCAUGUUUGAAUCCUUGCAACUCCUUUUCUAGCUUUGACAAGAAGAAGUUGAUUCGUCUGGCCGAAUUAUAUCCCAAUGAAUUCUCUCCAGUGGAACUUAUGGUACUUCCUGAUCAGCUUAACACGUAUAUUUUUGACAUGCGCACCAGUAAUGAGUUCUCAAGCUUAAAUGGAAUUGCUGAUCUUUCUAGAAAAAUGGUGAAAACCGGAAGAGAUAAAGUAUAUCCUUUUGUUUACUUGCUUUUGACUUUGGCAUUAAUUUUACCGGUUGCCACCGCAACAGUUGAAAGGGUAUUUUCAGCUAUGAACAUUGUGAAAGACCGAUUGCGGAAUAGAAUGAGUGAUCAAUGGUUGAAUGACAGUUUAGUGGUCUAUGUAGAGAGAGAGAUUUUUAUUGGAGUUACGAAUGAGACCAUCAUGCAACACUUUCAAAACAUGAAAACUCGGCGGGGUCUACUAUGA